AUGAAGGUAGCCUGUUGUUCGGUUUGCCAAACUCGGUACAACGAGGAAGAGAGAGUUCCUUUGUUGCUUCAAUGUGGUCAUGGGUUUUGCAAGGAGUGUCUUUCCAAAAUGUUUUCGGCUUCCCUUGAUACUUCUCUGCCGUGUCCCCGAUGCCGCCACGUGUCCCUUGUCGGUAACUCGGUCCAGGCUUUGAAGAAGAAUUAUGGGAUUUUAGCUCUUCUUGACUCGAACUCCAACUCAGGGUCGAAUUUGAGGAACGAUUUCGAUUGCGAUUACACGGAUGAUGAAGAAGAUGAUGAUGAAGAGAGAGAGGGUGAUGAUGAAAAUGGGGAUUUUUUCGAUGACUUGGCAGGUGGCCGGAUUAACCGUGGAUCACAUGCUUCGAGUUCCGGUGGUGCUGCCGGAUGCGGGCCGGUGAUCGAACUGUCAGCUCAUCCGGGACUAAGGUUGGUUAGGAAGAUAGAAGGGAAAGGGGAAGGAAAAGGAGGGAGAGCGGGAGUGGAAACGUGGGCAGCGGUGAUUAGUGGGACCCAAGGCGGGGCAGGAAGAAGCCUGUGUAAGCAUAAGGUGGCGGUGAAGAAAGUUGGGGCAAUGGAAGGGAUGGAUGGGGAAUGGGUACAAGGUCAACUUGACAGUUUGAGGCGUGCAUCAAUGUGGUGUAGGAAUGUUUGUACUUUCCAUGGAGUUGUUAGGUUGGAAGAUGGUAGUUUGGGGAUUGUUAUGGAUAGGUGUCACGGGUCGAUUCAAUCUGCAAUGUUGAACAAUGAAGGGAGACUUACUUUGGAGCAAGUUCUAAGAUAUGGAGCAGACAUUACACGAGGGGUGGCAGAACUUCAUGCGGCAGGUGUUGUUUGUAUGAAUAUAAAACCAUCUAAUCUUCUUUUGGAUGCAAGUGGUCAUGCUGUUGUUUCUGAUUAUGGACUUGCUGCAAUUCUGAAGAAACCUGCUUGCCGAAAAGCUCGAACUGAAUAUGAUUCCUCAAAGAUUCAUUCGUGCAUGGAUUGCACAAUGCUCAGCCCACAUUACACUGCCCCAGAGGCAUGGGAGCCAGUAAAGAAGUCACUUAAUCUGUUCUGGGAUGAUGCAAUAGGCAUAUCUGCAGAAUCAGAUGCCUGGAGUUUUGGUUGUACAUUGGUGGAAAUGUGCACUGGUUUCAUCCCUUGGGCAGGUCUGAGUGCAGAUGAAAUCUAUCGAACUGUUGUUAAGGCUCGGAAAUUGCCGCCACAGUAUGCAAGUGUAGUAGGUGUAGGAUUACCUAGGGAAUUGUGGAAGAUGAUUGGUGACUGCCUGCAGUUCAAGCCAUCAAAAAGACCAACAUUUAAUGCGAUGUUGGCAAUAUUCCUCCGUCAUUUGCAAGAGAUACCACGCAGCCCACCUGCAAGCCCUGAUAAUGGCUUUGCCAAAUUUCCUGGGUCAAAUGCAGUGGAGCCGCCACCCAUGUCUGAUUUGGAGGUUUUACCUGAAAAUCCUAACCAUCUGCAUCGGCUUGUUUCUGAAGGAGAUGUGGGUGGCUUGAGAGAUUUUCUUGCAAAGGCUUCAUAUGAACAUAGUGGCAGCUCAAUUUCUUCACUUUUAGAAGCACAGAAUGCUGAUGGGCAAACUGCUCUUCACUUGGCCUGUAGACGAGGUAGUGCUGAACUUGUUGAGGCAAUAUUGGAGUACACAGAGGCAAAUGUGGAUGUUUUGGAUAAGGAUGGGGAUCCCCCUCUUGUUUUUGCUUUAGCAGCUGGAUCCCCAGAAUGUGUGCUUGCUCUCAUUAGGAGAGGUGCUGAUGUUCAAUCCAGGUUGAGGGAUGGCUUUGGUCCAUCUGUUGCCCAUGUUUGUGCCUACCAUGGUCAACCUGACUGCAUGCGUGAUUUGCUAUUGGCGGGAGCUGACCCUAAUGCAGUGGAUGAUGAAGGUGAAUCUGUGCUUCAUAGAGCUGUGGCCAAGAAGUAUACAGAAUGCGCACUUGUCAUAUUGGAAAAUGGAGGCUGUAGAUCAAUGGCUUUUUUGAAUUCAAAAAAUCUGACACCAUUGCAUUUGUGUGUGGCAACAUGGAAUGUGGCUGUUGUCAAAAGGUGGGUGGAAGUUGCAUCUCCAGAAGAAAUUGCUGAUACAAUUGAUAUUCCCAGUCCUGUUGGCACUGCUUUGUGCAUGGCAGCUGCUCUAAAGAAAGAUCACGAAAUAGAGGGUAGGGAACUGGUGCGAAUAUUGCUUGCAGCUGGGGCAGAUUGCACUGCCCAAGAUUCUCAACAUGGGAGAACAGCGUUGCAUACAGCUGCUAUGGCUAAUGAUGUUGAUUUGGUAAAAAUAAUUCUUGAUGCUGGAGUGGAUGUGAACAUCAGAAAUGUGCACAAUACAACACCCCUACACGUAGCUUUGGCCAGAGGGGCAACGUCAUGUGUUGGGUUGCUUUUAUCUGCUGGGGCAGAUUGUAAUUUGCAGGGUGAUGAAGGUGAUAAUGCUUUCCAUAUAGCAGCAGAUACUGGAAAAAUGAUACGUGAAAAUCUUGAAUGGCUCAUAGUUAUGCUGAGAAAUCCUGAUGCUGCUGUUGAAGUCAGAAAUCACAGUGGUAAGACAUUACGUGACUUUUUAGAGACACUUCCCCGUGAAUGGAUUUCUGAAGAUCUGAUGGAGGCACUAACAAAUAGGGGAGUUCAUCUGUCCCCUACAAUAUUUGAAGUGGGUGAUUGGGUGAAGUUCCGACGGAGAAUCACUACACCUACAUAUGGGUGGCAAGGCGCCAGACAUAAAAGUGUUGGCUUUGUGCAAAAUGUGGUGGAUAGAGACAAUCUUAUUGUCUCAUUUUGUUCUGGAGAGGCUCGUGUGUUGGUAAAUGAAGUUGUGAAAGUGAUUCCUUUGGACAGAGGGCAGCAUGUUAAGCUUAGAGAAGAUGUCAAGGAGCCAAGGUUUGGCUGGCGUGGUCAAGCACGUGACAGCAUUGGAACUGUCUUAUGUGUUGAUGAUGAUGGGAUUUUGCGUGUUGGCUUUCCUGGAGCUUCUAGAGGAUGGAAAGCUGAUCCUACAGAAAUGGAAAGAGUUGAAGAAUUCAAGGUUGGGGAUUGGGUUCGUAUUCGUCCAACUCUUACAACAGCAAAGCAUGGCUUAGGAUCUGUAACACCUGGGAGCAUCGGUAUAGUAUAUUGUGUUAGACCAGAUAGUAGUCUAUUGUUGGACUUGAGCUAUCUUCCAAACCCUUGGCAUUGUGAACCAGAGGAGGUUGAGCCCGUUACUCCAUUCAGGAUUGGUGACCGGGUGUGUGUGAAGCGAUCUGUCGCAGAACCGCGAUAUGCUUGGGGUGGUGAGACCCAUCAUAGUGUUGGAAGAAUUAGUGAGAUAGAGACUGAUGGGCUUCUUAUGAUUGAAAUACCUAAUCGACCAAUCCCAUGGCAGGCUGAUCCCUCUGACAUGGAAAAGGUCGAGGAUUUCAAGGUUGGCGAUUGGGUUAGAGUAAAAGCUUCAGUAUCCUCUCCAAAGUAUGGAUGGGAGGACAUUAAUCGCAACAGUAUUGGCAUAAUUCAUAGCUUAGAGGAGGAUGGUGAUAUGGGUAUUGCUUUCUGCUUCAGAAGCAAGCCUUUUAUUUGCUCUGUCACUGAUGUAGAGAAAGUGCCUCCUUUUGAAGUGGGACAAGAGGUUCAUGUUGUGCCAUCUGUCAGUCAGCCACGACUUGGAUGGUCAAAUGAAACUCCAGCAACUGUUGGAAAAAUUGUGCGAAUUGACAUGGAUGGAGCUUUAAAUGUGAAGGUUGCUGGCAGGCAUAGUUUGUGGAAAGUUUCCCCUGGAGAUGCAGAAAGGCUUUCAGGAUUUGAAGUUGGUGAUUGGGUGCGUUCAAAGCCAAGCCUUGGCACUAGACCAAGUUAUGACUGGAGCACUAUUGGGAAAGAGAGUUUAGCAGUAGUGCAUAGUGUUCAGGAUACUGGAUAUCUAGAAUUGGCUUGCUGCUUCCGGAAAGGUAGGUGGAGUACCCAUUUCUCAGAUGUAGAAAAGGUUCCAAGCUAUAAAGUCGGGCAACAUGUUCGGUUUCGAGCUGGAUUAGUUGAGCCAAGGUGGGGCUGGAGAGGGACUCAGUCUGAUUCACGGGGCAUUAUUACUAGUGUUCAUGCUGAUGGGGAAGUGAGAGUUGCUUUCUUUGGUUUGUCAGGGAUGUGGAGAGCAGAUCCUGCAGAUCUUGAAAUAGAACAGAUGUUUGAAGUGGGAGAGUGGGUGCAAUUCAGAGAAAAUGCCAGUACUUGGAAAUCUAUUGGACCUGGUAGUGUUGGUGUUGUGCAAGGAAUAGGGUAUGAAGGAGAUGAAUGGGAUGGAAGCACCAUUGUUGCAUUUUGUGGGGAGCAGGAAAAAUGGGUGGGGCCUACUUCCCAUCUUGAAAGAGUGGACAAACUCAUCAUAGGGCAGAAGGUUAGAGUAAAGCUCUCAGUGAAGCAGCCAAGAUUUGGGUGGUCAGGUCAUAGCCAUACAAGUGUUGGAACAAUAGCAGCAAUUGAUGCUGAUGGAAAGCUGAGAAUAUACACUCCUGUUGGCUCCAAAACUUGGAUGCUAGAUCCAUCGGAAGUGGAGCUGGUUGAGGAACAGGAACUUUGCAUUGGAGACUGGGUUAGGGUUAGAUCAUCAGUUACAAUCCCAACUCACCACUGGGGAGAGGUAACUCAUUCAAGCGUUGGGGUAGUGCAUCGAAUGGAAAAUGGAGACUUAUGGGUGGCAUUCUGCUUUAUGGAAAGGCUAUGGCUUUGUAAGGCUUUGGAGAUGGAACGGGUUAGGCCAUUUGAAGUAGGGGACAAGGUGAGGAUAAGAGAGGGGCUUGUGACUCCUAGAUGGGGUUGGGGAAUGGAGACUCAUGCCAGUAAAGGGCAGGUAGUUGGGGUUGAUGCAAAUGGAAAAUUAAGGAUUAAGUUUCAGUGGAGGGAAGGAAGACCAUGGAUUGGAGAUCCUGCUGAUAUCAUUCUUGAUGACAGCACUUAUGGCAUGCUCAGCACCUCAUGAUUCAUACCUUGCAUUGUGUUUUUUGAGUUCAUUCCUGAAGCUCGGAGACUUCUGGGUUUUAGCCUCUCUGCUUGAUUGGAGCAGCAGGGGAGCUUCAUUGCCACUGCAUUGUGUGGACAUACUGGCUCGAAACUCUAUCCUGACCGCGGUGGGUGAUUCAAUUACAGGAUUAUUUAUUGUUAAUAAGUACAGAGAUGCAUAUAGAGCAUGAGAAGAAACUGGCUUGCCUCACUGUUAAUUAUAGGAAAUACAAAGAGCAGCCAAGGGAAAAAAAAGGUAGCUAUAGGCCUUGUAUCUCAUAGAUGAUGUUGGCUAGUUGAUAAGCUGCUGAGGUAUAUAUAUAGAUGAAUAUGGUCAAUUUCAUGUUAUUUUGUACAAAUUGAACCUUAUAAUCUUUCAGAGUUAUUACUAGUUUUGAGUCCUUUUUAGCGCUCAAAAUCUGUUUUGCCAGAUUCUCAGCACUCCCACAAAUAGCCAAUGAACAAAGCUGGUUGAUGUCUCUUCUCAUUUGAUUCUUGCUAGAAGUUGGGAUACCUGAUGUUUUCUUACACGAAUUAUGGGACCAAUGUGGCAAGUUUAAAUGCCUA